AUGCCUUUCCCGGGGAAAAAAGUCAACCAGCAGCAGCCACCAUUUCUUUCAGAAAUGGAGCAUCAUCUCUCCAUUCACAGCUUCUACCUGUACAGCGAAUACAUGGCCACGGCCGGCGGCGGCACCGCUGCGACGUCGUCGUCGUCCUCCUCCUCCUCCGGCUCCGACUCGCUUCCGUUCAGCAUGGUUUGCGGCGGCGGCGAGGCGCCCGCGGCCGUGUCGUGGCGCGCCGCCGCGGAUGCCGAGGUCUCGGCGGUGCCGGCGGCGGUUGCCGCGGGCGCGGGGCAGCUGGUGGCGCCUAAUAACAAGGGCGGCGCGUUCAUCGGGGUGCGGCGGCGGCCGUGGGGGAGGUUCGCGGCCGAGAUCCGCGACUCGACGCGGAACGGCGUGCGGGUGUGGCUCGGCACCUUCGACAGCGCCGAGGCCGCCGCGAUGGCCUACGACCAGGCGGCCCUGUCCGCGCGGGGCUCCGCCGCCGCGCUCAACUUCCCCGUGGAGCGCGUGCAGGAGUCGCUCCGAGCGCUGGCGCUGGGCGGCGCGGCUGGUGCCUCCGCGGGCGGCUCGCCCGUGCUGGCGCUCAAGUCGCGGCACUCCAAGAGGAAGCGGCGCAAGAAGUCCGAGCUUCUGGCGGCGGCGGCGGCAAAAGGCGGCGCGGCGUCGGGCAGGAGCAAGAGCAAUAACGCCGCGGCGGCGGUGGCCGAGCAGCAGCGCUUCGUCGUGGAGCUGGAGGACCUCGGCGCCGACUACCUGGAGGAGCUCCUCAGAAUCUCCGAGAGCUCGCUAAGUGAUCGUCACUGA